AUGGAGUUAAGCCAUAUUAGUUGUAUAAUUAACAGAUCUUUAAUGUAUACAUAUGGAUUAAUACUAAUAUUAAUCCCAUGUGUUGGAUGUUCCGAUGAAAAGGGUAAAAACGAUACUAAUAUAGUAUCAUAUAGUGAUAGUGAAGAAGAAGCUGAUAACUUUGAAGUAAUACAACCAGUACCAAUACAACCUCAACCUCAACCUCAACCCAUACCACCACCUGUUACUUAUACGGAAUAUCCUUAUCAACAAUAUCAACAUCACACACCUCAAUACCCUUAUCCUACAGUUCAACAACCUUUAGAACAAUCUUAUCAACCACAUGUGCCACAGGAACAUAUUCCACCAACUCAACCUCAAUAUUAUGCAACACCGUAUCAACAGUACUAUCCUGGAUAUCCGCCACAACCAGAGCCACAGCCAUAUGAUCAAUAUCCUGGAUAUACUGUCUAUGAUCCUGGAUAUCAGCCUUAUCAACAAUUAUAUCAACCAGAGGUACAACAGUAUCCUCAAUACUAUCCUGGACCUAUUCAACCAAGUCAUCAAUAUUAUGUACCACCAACUUAUCAACCACCUCAACAACCAAUAACUGAAACCGAAACUCAAACUCAAACUCAACCUUAUCAACCCUAUGUACCACAAACGACUCAGGAACCUAGUGGAUAUCAACCUAGUCAAGAAACUACGAAUACCGCAGAUGGUAUAUUGGGUCCAGCACCAGGACCAUUAAGACAUACUAGACAGAUACUAAGAGAAUAUGAUAAAGGUCUUGAUAAAAUAUAUAUUGCUCCAUCUUCGGAAGAAUUAAAAAUGGAAAAACCAUUAGAGUUAAAGCUCUUCAAAAUUGAUGAUGAAGGAAAUUUGGUAGAAAUGACUCCCAAAGAAGAUUACAUCAUAAAAUUUAUCAAUGUGUAUAAAAUUAAAAUUGAAUUAAGGUCAAAUCUUGAAAAGGUAAUUUAUAAGAAUGAAAUUGUUUAUAUGCACAUACCUGGAAAACCGUAUUGCACAGAAUUGACGAAAUUCAAAAAAUAUCCUGUUAUUAUUUUAAAUCGUGAAGAUGGAUUUCUGUUUGCUAAUCGCUGUAGAAAACAGUGGGAAAUAAAAUUCAGAAAUUUUCCAGAGUACGUAAAAAUGUAUGGAGAAGAUGCUGAAGGUAAAGAGUUUCAGCUCAAUAAAGGGCAUUAUAAUCUUGAACUUACAACAAAAGGAUCUUUUGAAUACAAAUUUAUUGAAGGUGUAAUGUGUACCAAAGUUAUAGUUAAAGAGAAGCUAGUUUGGGAAAAAACAGAAAAAGAAGAUCAUCCAAGAAUGUUAAUUAUAACGUUUAAAAUGAACGUAGUUAUUCAUUUUAAAGGUUAUGUUAGUGUAUUUAAGUAUUUUGCAGGAAAGUAUAGGAAAAUGUACAGUGAAGCAAGUGUAGAACCCUUGGAUGAAUAAUAAAUCAAUUGUGAUAUUUGUAAUCCUUUUAAUGUAAUUUAACAAUA